CCCAGGGAGGCUGCUCGUGGGUCCCACUCUCGCACCCCGCCUCGCGUUCCCCCGCAUCUCGCCGCCGGUGACGGAACCCCAGACUUAGGGCGGCGAUGGCGUCGGCGGGCCCCCCACUCCUCCGCCGCAUUGCGCCUCUGCUUAACGGCCGCAUCCGCGCCAAUCACCGCCUUCUCGCCUUCUCCUCCGUCGUCACCGCCGCCGCUGAGACAACGUCGUCGGCGGAGCCGGAGGCCGUCGUUAUGACGGAGAAUCGCAUCCGAAGACUGAAAGAGUUGCACGCUAAAGAACCAUGCAACAAAGGUAAGAUGUUGAGACUAUGUGUUGAAGCUGGUGGUUGUUCUGGGUUCCAGUACGCCUUCUUACCCGAUGACAAGACAAAUGCAGAUGAUAGGGUCUUUGAGAAAGAUGGUGCUAAGUUGGUGGUUGACAAUGUCUCGUAUGAGUUUGUGAAAGGUGCAACCGUGGAUUAUGUUGAGGAACUUAUUCGUGCAGCAUUCCUUGUAUCAGCAAAUCCAAGUGCAAUUGGGGGUUGUAGUUGUAAAAGUUCAUUCAAUGUCAAAUAAUUUUAGUAUUGAAAUCUUUGAAGAGAGGCUCAGAUAUUUUUGAGUCAUACUCGUUGUGUGCAAGUCUUGGGCCAGGUAUUAAGGAGUCUGGUGAACGAAGACCCUGCACCACAAUCUAGUAGCAAAGAAAGAUAUGAUCUGGAAUGGGUUAUUUGUAAAAUAAACAAAUGUUUGAUCAAUACAAUUACAGCUAUAUGGGAGAGGCGAACCACUCUAAGCAUUGUUAUACCUCA